AGGCGGGGAGGGAAGGCGAGGCAGGCGGUGGAAGGACGAACGGGGGGCGCCGAGGAAGAACGCCGGCAGCUGCGCGAGGACCUUCUCUGCGCGGCUCCUGCUGCUCACACAGGAGUGGGAGAGGGAGGGACGCGCUGACGCCCUCCCCCCACCCCCCCCGCCGCCUCCCUGCCCAGGUUCUCCUCGUCGCCUUUCGGCCGCCCGCCAGCGGCGCUGCAAAGAUGCACCUUGGCCGCGGUGCGGUUGCAGCCGAGCAGCUCUGACACCUUCCUCCUCCUCCUGCUGCUGCUCGGGCGACCUCACCAUGGACAGCUUCGACUUAGCUCUCCUUCAGGAAUGGGACCUGGACUCUCUCUGUGUCUACGACCCUGACAAGAAUAUGCUGCGAAGGAAAGAAUGGGAGAGGAGAAAUCAGGAGCAUGAGGAUGGCAUAUUUAACACCAGUUAUUCCCUAUUCAGUGAACCAUACAAGACUAACAAAGGGGAUGAACUCUCCAGUCGUAUCCAGAGUACUCUAGGUAACUAUGAUGAGAUGAAAGAGCUGUUGACUGACCGAUCCAAUCAAAGCCACCUUGUUGGGGUUCCACAGCCCUGUAUCUCUCAAACAUCUGCAAGCAAAGGUGAUGAACACUUUAUUGCUGACCCCGAUGCUUCCAUUUGUAAUCCACCAUCUUCUUUGUCAGUGGCACUUCCUGGACAACUGAGCAAGACCACUGCAAUAGGUUGGCAGAAAUCUGGACACACUUUGGAAAGCCAGCAAAGAGGAAACAAACCUGUGCAUGGAUUGCCAGAUGCUCUUAAUAGUGACUUUAAAACAGACUACCAAAAAAACAGCUUAGAAAAGGUUAAACGUUAUGUAUCCAGUCCCUCAUCACCAUCUUCGUCAAGCGCUGUGCAAAGUCUUUUACUCUCCUCACUUGGAGAUAGCAUCAGGACCCAACAGCAACCAAAACUGAAUUGUAGUUCAGAGGCUGGAGUUCAGGCUCAAGAACGGGCAACUAUGCAUAGCAGUGGACACUGUGUACAGAACUUUCCUCCUGCACUUGCUUCAAAGUCAACGGUAGUUCAGCAGAAACCCACAGCUUAUGUCAGGCCAAUGGAUGGUCAAGAUCAGGCUCCUGAUGAAUCUCCAAAACUGAAGGUUCCUGCUGAAACUAGCAUGCACUGCACUUCAUAUAGAGGGAUGCCUUCGGCUAAAACGAACGCAACGAGAACUAAAUCAAAAUCAACAAAAUUCAGUAUUCCUAAGCAAGGAGAGGAGAAUGGGACAGAAGAUGACAGCUGUGUUGAAGAAAUGUUAAGGGACUCGCAGCAUGUCUCUACAGGGCACAGCAAUCAAAGAAAAGGUGACGUUGAGCCAAAGAUUCCAGAGAACAGUGUGUCACAUAUAUCAACAUUAGAAGAUGACCUCAAAUUGAGUAGUGAUGAAGAUGAGAAUGAGCAGCAGGCAGCACAGAAAUCUGCUCUCCGGGUUCUAUCUGACAGCCCUACUGUGCAGCAGCCCAGUUGCAGGACCUCGGGAGUCUCCGGCAAAGGCUCCAGCAGCAGCAGCUCCAGUGAAUCUGAGAGCAGUUCAGAAUCCGACUCUGAUAGUGAAAGCAGUUCUACUGAAAGUGACUGCAACAGAUCGUCUUGCUACUCCAACCCAGAGCCUGAACAGCCAUCAUCAAACAAGUGGCAGUUGGAUAAAUGGUUAAAUAAGGUUAAUCCUCACAAAGCACCUCUUUUGAAUCAAAACGAUAACCAUGGACUGGAGAACUUUCAGUAUUACAACAAAGUAAAAGAUAAAGGGCAGGACUGUGAAAAUGUACCUGCCAUUUGUCAAACAGAUCUCCAAGAUAAAGAAGUCAAGAAUCCCAACAAAGAGGAGCUGAGGCCUAGAACAGCUAAUAAAGCUCCAGGACAUAAGGGAGGAAAGCAGAAAUCACCAGCUGCCACCGCUGCCACCAUUUCAGUUGAUGAUGGUCCUCAGAAAAGGACAGGUUGUAAAAAACAGCGAAAAAGGACAGAGAAGUCGUCUGGUAGUGAUAACUUAAACAGCCAUACAGCUGAUGAUCUUGAUUUCAGUCAAGUAUUUUUGGACAACACCAUUCGUGAAGAACCUAAAAACAGGCCCUGCAGCAGCAAAAUUGAGCACAGAAAGGAACUGCGGUGUAUCACUGCUUGUGAAAAGAAACGGACCAGGGGGUCAGGUAAAACAGCACCCAAAUCAAAGGAAUUUAUUGAGACAGAGUCUUCAGCUUCCUCAGAUUCAGAUUCUCAGUCUGAAGAAGAGGAAUAUCUUUUACACAAACCUCACAUUGUGGCCUCAGCUUCAGUUGGAAGUGACCAGAAAUCAAAGGACUCUGGGAGUAGUAUCGCCAACAAAGCAAAUGGCAGCUGUGGUUCAGUUAAUACCAGGACACAUAAUGAUAUAGCAAAAGAGCUGGAAGAGCAAUUUUACACGUUGGUCCCUUUUGGUAGGAAUGAACUCCUGUCCCCUCUGAAGGACACAGAGGAAAUAAAAGCACUUUGGGUCAAAAUUGACUUGACUCUCUUGUCCAGAAUUCCACAGCACUCACCCGAGGAGCCACUGGCAAUAAACACUGGAGUUAAGGAAGACAUCAGUAUGCAGCAGAGCACUGUGACUAACGUGCCAUCUGAAAAAUUGAUACCAAAAUCUAAAAGGAAACGAAAGUUUGAAAAUGAGGAUGAGACUAGGGAGAGCAAGAAGAUUCAUACAGAACAAGAAUAUUCCUCCUAUUUAUUCUCUUCAGCCCAGGUUAUUUCAACAGCAGAUCACUGCAACACGAUCAAAAACAGCUUGGCAAUACCAGUAAAUAAAAAUGAGAAAAUACUUCAGUCAUCUGUCUCACCCCUCUGUGAUACAUCAAAACACAAAUUCUCCAGCGAUGAUUUAACUUCUUCUAACAGACUGAAUGGCGGAGAUCUAUUAUCUUCCUUAUCCUCCAGCAAAAAACACAAGAGUGAGAUCCAGUCCCACCUACACCCUGGAGAUUUCAGUUCUUAUUUAUUGAUGGUCCAGAAAACAGUGCACAUCAAUUCAGAACAUGGUGUUCUCUACAACAAGACACAGUGCCAAAAAGAACCCUGGUCUCCUCCACCCAGUUCACACAAAGAUUGCAGAAGAACAAAGCUCAGCUGUAACAAUGGGCCGCACAAUGUAGAUUACUUUAUGCAGGAAGCUAAAAGGAAGAAGCAUAAAGCAGAUGCAAUGGUGGAGAAAUUUGGCAAGGCCUUUAAUUAUGCGGAAGCUGCAUUAUCAUUCAUUGAAUGUGGAAAUGCUAUGGAACAAGGGCCCAUGGAGUCAAAAUCUCCUUUCACAAUGUACUCUGAAACUGUUGAACUCAUCAGGUAUGCUGUGAGGCUAAAAACCCAUUCAGGUCCUAGUGCUACUUCAGAGGAAAAACAGUUAGCAGCAUUAUGUUACCGCUGCUUGGCACUUUUAUACUGGAGAAUGUUUCGACUUAAAAGAGACCAUGCUGUAAAAUAUUCAAAAGCCCUUAUUGAGUAUUUCAAGAAUUCAACUAAAGUGGCUCAAGUGCUAUCUCCCUGGAGUACUAGUGGAAAGUAUACAGGAACACCCUCUCCCCUCUCACCCAGCCCUUCUCCUGUGAGUUCAGUGGGAUCCCAAGGAAGCACUGGAAUGCCUUCCCCAUCAUCCAUAAUCAGCAUUCCACAGCGAAUUCAUCAGAUGGCAGCCAAUCAUGUUAGUAUCACCAACAGCAUCUUGCACAGUUACGAUUACUGGGAGAUGGCUGACAAUCUGGCCAAGGAAAACCAAGAUUUCUUUAACGAUUUGGAUGCAUUGAUGGGACCUGUUACCUUGCACAGCAGUAUGGAGCACCUGGUUCAAUACAUACAACAAGGACUUCACUGGAUAAGGAGAAGGGCUCAAUUGUCAUAGUGAUUGUGUGCUGUUCAUCCGGACACUAGACUCUCCCACAGACAAUUCAGUUAUUCUAGACACUGUGCUACAGAAAUACUCAACAAUAGCAUUGCUUCAAGCAAAUGUGAACACGUCUUCUGAGGCAAAACAAUAUUUUCCAGAGUUCGGAAAUAGAUGUGUAUGUAUAUUAUACAAUGUUUGUCUGUUCCAACACUUUGUCUCUCCAAUUUUGCUCUUCUGUUUAAAAAAAAAGAGGAUAUGGGUGUGUUGACGCAUACUCACUCCACAUAGUCACUCUCCCGUCCUUCAGUACUUAGAAAACUGAACCAGAACUUCAUAGGUUGAUUUAACCAACUGCAACAAAAUGUACUCUUUCAAUUCUGCAAAGCAUCUAUACUUUUGAACACAUUUAUAAAUAUCUGCUUAAUUGUAACCUGGGAAGAGAAGGAGUUUAUUGAAUUAGGCUAAUUGCAGGUUCUCUGUAUCGAAGCAUAUUCAUUUGGCGUUUUAUAGUCGAAGAGGGACAGGCAGCUUCUGUUCAUCCUAUUAUAGACAAUGGAAGGACUAGUGGUCCAGAAGAUGAUUUUCCAUGCGCUCGCUCGCUCGCUCGCUCACACACAUAUUCAUGUUCCUCAUAACCAGUCAGUUCCUAAUAGAAUAAUGGUGGUAGAAUGUAGCAGUCACAGUAAAGGCUUCCUUGUAAUGGAACACAUACACCCAGGCAUAGCAUCAUACACAAAUAUGUGUGUUUAUAUAUUGUGUACAUGACAAACACAAGAUCGAAAGGAAAGAUGCAGCAUUAAAGUAUGGAACAUGUCUGAAAA